AUGAUGGCGUCGAGCAAUGCGGACAGUACAUCAGCAAAAUCACCAGAGGUACAAUCUGAUCGAUUCACACGAGAUCAUCCUAAAUCGAUCAUUUCGAAGCCAGAUUGUUCAUCAGAUGAAUAUCAAGACGCAGUGGAUUAUUGGAGGAACAACCAAGCCGAGUUGGGAAAGAGAUAUGGAUCGUAUCUAAUGGCAAAAACGAAAACUAAGAAACGCAUUCCUCGUUAUUAUUUUAUCAAUAACAAGCGUACAAUACUGAUCAUACUUCAAGGUGAUAUUAUUCAAACUAAAGUCGAUGCCGUUGUGAAUGCUGCAAACGAACAUAUGACGGGUGGUGCUGGAGUCGAUGGAAUGAUUCAUAGAGCUGCCGGAUCGCAACUCUAUUCAGCUUGUGUUGCUCAUAAGCAAGUUGAAUCUGGUGUUCGUCUACCAACUGGACAUUCACGUAUUUUGUUGAGCUAUAAUAUGUCAUCGACAACUUACUAUAUCAUCAACACAGCUGGUCCCGUAUAUAAUAGCAGAAAAGUUUCGCAAUGUGCUGACCAGCUCUCUUCGUGUUACAAAACGGCACUUGAUUUAGCCAAUCUAUAUGACCUCGAAUCCAUUGGCUUUACUGCUAUUAGUUGUGGGAUAUUCGGUUAUCCAGCAAAUGACGGUGCCGAUGUUGCCCUUCAAACAAUCGAUAAAAAUGCCGGCUCAUUACCGUUAGUUGUAUUCGUCCUCUGGGACGAUCAUAUAUACGAUGCAUGGGUGAAGAAAGCUGAGGAAUUGAAAUUUGCGCCGUUCGAUCCUGUACAACCUACAUCAGAAGUUCUCCCUAAAGAGGAACCGGAUACAAAAGUCGAAAAACAAACUACAGAUGAAUCGAAAGCAAAUGAUGAUGAUUCCACAUUGAAGCACGAUAAACACGGUGAUUCUUCGACUCCUCACACGCCAGAAAUUAUGUCUAAAGAUGAGGUCGCCUCAUUAGUCGAUCGUUUACCUUCUAUUCCACAUGACUCAAUCGAUAGUCAAGAAACACAAACUGUGGACGAUGAUAAAGAUGCAAUGGAAGUGAGUCACGACCAGCCGUUGGUGUCUCAAAACACAAUGGAAAUGGCCAACUCUGAUUCUCAGCAAGAAGAAGAAUCCAAACAAGUACCUGAUGAAACAAAAGUAUCGAAUACUAAGGACGGUGAUGAUGAUGAAGAAUCUAAAAAGCGCAGAGGAUCGAGUGAAAUUGUCAAUGAUAAAAAACUUCAUUAA